AUGGCGCCAAAGCGUCUACAGGACAUUAUGAUGAGAUUCCAUAGAUAUGAUGUGGAGUUUGAGUUUGUGAAAGGAGUCAACCUGUUGAUCGCCGACACUUUGAGUAGAGCUUACCUGGACUCGACGGAUGGAAACCGUGAUGAACGUGUUCGCAUUCUGACCGUGAAUGUGUUUGGUGACAUCCCAGAUGCUAGGAUUUCUGAAGUUAGAGAAGCCACAGCAAAUGAUUCAAUCCUGCAAGCAUUAAUGACUCUUGUCAUUGAAGGUUGGCCUACAAGAAGACAGGAUUUGCCCCCUGGUGCCGCCGCAUAUUUUGAUUUGCGUGAAAGCCUGUCAGUUGUUGAUGGAAUUAUAAUGAGGGGAGAAUCUAUAGUAAUUCCUCAAAGUCUCCGAGCAGACAUGAAAUCGCGUUUACACAGUGCACAUCUUGGCUACCAUAGUAUGCUCAGGAGAGCCCGGUCAACGAUAUUCUGGCCCGGUAUGUCAGCCGACAUCAAGCAACUUGCUGAUGCCUGUGAAAUUUGUCAGGAGAUGAAACCGCGAAAUGCGCCAGAACCGCUUACACAGCACACUGAAGGAGCAAAACCCUGGGACAAGAUAGGACUCGAUUUGUGUCAAGUACAAGGGAAAGACUACCUUAUAGCCGUAGAUUACUACUCGCAUUUCAUUGAGUGUGACUUGCUUACUACGACAACAAGUGCACGUGUCAUAUCAUUCGUAAAGAAACAUUGUGCUCGCUAUGGCGUCCCAAAGAUGAUUGUGUCAGAUGGAGGACCUCAGUUCUCAAGCAGUGAAUUUAAACAUUUUGUCAGUCAUUGGGGAAUUAAUCAUGUGAUGUCGUCUCCAAUGCAUCAACAAGCCAAUGGUAAAGCCGAGUCCGCCGUCAAGGUCAUGAAGAACCUGUUAUUGAAAACUCUUGUUGAAGGGAAGGACCCAUAUGAAGCAAUAUUGGAACAACGUAACACACCCAGACAAGAUACUGGUGUCAGUCCAGCGCAGGUAAUGUUUGGAAGGACAACUCGAACAUUCAUUCCCAGUCUAUGUCAGGAUACCUCAACCUCAGUGCCAAAUGCUGAAAUUAACAGGAAACGCGAAGCGCGUCGACAAUCUGUGAAAAGGACAUUUGACAGGAAGUCGCAUCCAUUACGCGCACUCAAAAAUGGACAAACCGUUUACUUCCAGCAUCUAGAGGGAGAGCGAUGGAAACUCGGGACAGUGAAAGAAAGGACUGCCUCGAAAUCUUACACUGUUUGUGGUCCAGAUGGUGGUGUAUAUCGUAGGAACCGCGUCCACAUGAGGCCGACAUCCAUACUACCGCGUCCUCGCGAAGUGUCUCCAAAUCGCGUACCAGAUACUGUCUCUCAAAACAUGUCGCAGAAAGACUCCGUGGAGCCUACUAAAUUCAUGUCGUCUCAUGAUCAAAUCUCUAGUAAAAGUGAAACCAAGAAACCUACCACAAGUGGCACAGCUAUGACAGUGAUGGAACCGUUACCAACAGGAAGUACCCGACCUAAGCGUGAUUCCAAACCGCCAGUGUACUUAAAGGACUUUGUUACUUAA